AUGACUGUCUCAAUUAAUUUACAGCAUUCAUUAAGUGACCUAGGUCUCGAUUCACAACGAUUUACAAACAAGGAUGAUAUAAAACCUUGGUUACAAAACUAUCUAUUGCAUAAGAAAGGAAUCCAUGUUGUAAUUGCAAGAUCAGAUGCAAAUAAGAUUGUAUUUAGAUGUAAGUCAGAUAAGAGCAAAGAGACAGCAGAGAAAUUAAGUUUAGGUUCUAGACGCCAAAUCUCAUGCCCAUUCAAGAUACGAGCUAACUACUCUAUAAGAAACCAUGUGUGGACUUUGGUUGUUAUGAAUGAAAAUCAUGAUCAUGAAUUAGAUAAUUUUGGUUUAAUGCAGCAAAGUAAGCUUGCGUAUUUGUUUAACCACCAUAAAACUAAUGAAUCCGGACUCCUUUCACUGGGAUCCGAUGAUUCUACAUCUGCAGCAUUAACAAAUCCUUCGAAAAGUAAUACAUCUUCGGACGUAUUCAGCUCAUUUAUUCCAUCAUCAACGGAAAUGGUUUCACCAAAUGAAGCACAUGAUAACCAUAACCUAGCUCUGUCGAUUGAUGAGUUGAAGGAUACGGUCACGUCUAAAGAUAAUAGCGAUAGUGAAAAAAUGCUUGACACCUAUGAGGAACAAAAAAGUAAGAAGAGGAAAGUACCUAAAGGACAUAAUGUUAAAAGGAGAAAGACUAAAAGAGAGACUAUCUCAGUCCAUGAUGAAGACCAAGAAUCCCGACAAGAUAAAUCGAGCAAAGAGGUAGUCGGUGAUCUUAGAGAGCAAGUUAAUUUAUUAAUUUCGAACACAAUUAUUAACAACCAAAACUUCACCGAUAAGGAAAAGUCAAUGAUGAUUAAAUCGUUUUUUUCACGCUUUAUAAAAGACUAUAAAGGUAUUAUCAAUACCGUAGCAAAUCAACAAAAAAUGGUACUCAACAAUUGGUUUAACACCCCUAAUCCUGCUCAAACUAACUUACAUUCCCAUGCAAACACUAAUUUAAUUCCACUAUCUCCCUUAUUAAACGAUACAGAUACAGAUUAUACAAGUGCUACCCCAAAUAAUAGCAAUAACCAGUCGAUAGAUAAUUUGACACAUCUUCCAAAUAUGUCGUUGGGAUCAUCUCUAAUAACAAAUGUUGGAGCUGCAUGUAAUAGUACAGGUCCAUCAAAUUCCAAUGCAAACAAUAAUUAUAACAAUUUUAUUGUUCCGCCGCAAAUGCAGUUGCUGCAAAUUCAAAACCAAAAUCAACAAUUACCUUCAUUCAACACUAUUCAGAACCAGCUUCCGCUUUCACCUAAUUCGCUAGCAAAUAACUCCACCGCUUCAUUGUUUGUGAAUAAUUUCAAUACGAACUUAAAUUCAAACACGUCAUCAUUAAUCCCACCUAUAAACAAUUCCAAUACCAAUACAACCCUCAACCCGUCCCACCUAUUAAAGUCAUCCAAUAAGAAUAAUGUAUUCAAUAAUAACAUGAACCUGACAGCAUCUAGUAACUUACUUAGUCGAAACGAAUUCAAACAAAACAGUUCAUUAAACCCAAUUAACAAUAACAUAGCCCUGUCAAACACAAUAAGCUUAAAUACAAAUCAAAAUUCUGGCUCAAUAUCUAACUCCAAUACACUGAAUAAUUAUACUGUUAAUUAUGGUGGUUUAUCAUCGCCAAAUAAUAAUAUCAUUAACCCAAAUAUCCAGAAUAAUUCGACCAACGGAGCAUUUUAUAACAAAGAAAUGCAAUCUGGAAAUACAAGUAACAAUCCACAAAAUUCUACAACAUCGAAUACUUCUGGUGCUCUUAAUCAUAUUGCAAGCUUGAAUGAUAAUGGAUGGUAG